CCGGCUCCCAGCGGCGUGUACCUUUCCCCAGGUUUCCUGCACCCUGGCCAGUCCCCACGGGUUGUUCGCGGUCGGGUUUCCGCCGCAACUAGCCCAGUGCUCGCACGCGGACCCCGCAGCUCCCCAGUUCCCGGCACCGCUGCUCUGGGUUGCACGUUUCCACCGGCUGCCGACCGAUGGCCGAGCGCGGGGAACUCGACUUGACCGGCGCUAAACAGAACACCGGAGUGUGGCUGGUCAAGGUUCCUAAAUAUUUGUCACAGCAGUGGACUAAAGCCCCUGGAAGAGGUGAAGUUGGGAAACUGAGGAUUGCCAAGAAUCAAGGAAGGACCGAGGUGUCAUUUACUUUGAAUGAGGAUUUAGCAAAUAUUCAUGAUAUCGGUGGAAAACCAGCUUCAGUCAGUGCUCCUAGAGAACAUCCAUUUGUCUUGCAAAGUGUUGGAGGACAGACAUUAACAGUAUUUACCGAGAGCUCAUCAGAUAAGCUUUCAUUGGAAGGAAUAGUGGUACAAAGAGCUGAGUGCCGACCUGCUGCCAGUGAAAACUACAUGAGAUUAAAGAGAUUGCAAAUAGAAGAGUCCUCCAAGCCUGUAAGGUUAUCACAACAACUGGACAAAGUAGUGACAACCAAUUACAAGCCUGUUGCUAAUCAUCAAUACAAUAUUGAAUAUGAAAGAAAAAAGAAAGAAGAUGGAAAACGAGCUCGAGCUGAUAAACAACAUGUUUUAGACAUACUAUUUUCAGCUUUUGAAAAACAUCAAUACUACAAUCUUAAGGACUUGGUGGACAUCACAAAGCAGCCUGUGACCUACCUGAAGGAAAUCUUAAAUGAAAUUGGUACUCAGAAUGUAAAAGGGAUCCACAAAAACACAUGGGAACUCAAGCCAGAGUACAGACAUUAUCAAGUAGAAGAAAAGAAUGACUAAGGAGACUAAACCAGCUUGCUAACAGAACGACUAAAGAAUGAUGUGCUAAGCAAAGAGCACUGAUACUUGAAUUCAUAAGCACCAUCUGUUAUAGGGUAAAAUGACUGAUACUUUCAUUGUCUGACUAAAUUGUUUAAACCAGUAAUUCUUGUAAAGUUACUUAAUGUUUUUGGAGAAGAAAAAACAUUUAUUAUAGACUUAACCUGUAUUAAAACAGAUUAUUCAUAAUGGAAUUAGGGAUUGAAGGAUUAGAAGGGUUUUUCUUUUUAAAUACUAACUUUUAAAAUGUAAAAUUAGGGAAUAUUUUCCAAGUGAGAACUUUCCUUGUUUUAUCUAGGAGAAGAUGAGAUAAUACAGAUCCAAAGUGAGUGACCUAGCAAGAAAAAGUAGUCAAUUACAGAAACCUUUACAAGGAAUAAAAAGCCAAAAUUCCUUAUUCUGAAAUUGUCAAAGAACAAAGCUGUCUUUAUUUAUUUUUUUACAGGUGAUCAUGUUUCACAUUCACAUACAUGAGUAAAAGGAGAGCAUUUGUGUUUGCAUUAAGAAGGCAGUUUUCCUUGUUAGCUUAUUUUAUCCUAAUCAUGAUGACAUAAGAAAUGGGGGGUGGAUUGAAGGGGGGGAGGAAGAAUCAUGGUCUAGCAGUGUUUGCUUUUAAAGUAAUUAGAAAUGAAAUAUUUUUCCAGAAAUUCAAAAUAUGUGUUCCCCAUCCAGAUUUCAAGCUCUCUAAGACUAAUUUUGCCUUAGAAUUUUAUUUCAUACUCAGCAGGCAUGUAUUGACUGUCACGUGACUGGUGAUGUCGAGUAACUAAAGGAGGGUUGCAGGAGUGAAGUUGAUGUUGUAUAAGCAGAAAGGUUGAUGUCAAUUCCUGGGGGGUGAAAAUGUUUCUCAAGUCUUUCUUUUUAACCAAUUUUAAAUAAAAGCAAUAUAUGUCCAUGGUUAAUUUUUUCUAGCCCCAAAUCUUAUUUAUUAGGCAAUCCAAAAUCAUACCUACAAACAGAGCCACCAAAACAAAAGACAACUUAGUGAACUAAACACAAUGAAAGUUGCUUUUUACUCAUUCAUUUUGCCACCUGCUUCUGUUAUGCGUCCAACAAAGAAGUAGCAACCCAGAAUUUUGAGAAAAUGUUGUGUAGUUAAAACAAAUCAAGGAAAUAACUGUCCAGUGAGAUAAAUAUUUUUUGUUUUAUUUUUAGCAGCAAAACACCAGAAUCCCAAGGUUGACUGCCACUGCACUAAGAAAAUUUUUAUAUUUGCAUUUUCUCAAAUAAAAUCAUGACUAAGGAGGAUGCUCCCAUUCCUCACCACACCUCCAAUGUCUUAUCCUACCUUGUUCCGGUGUACAAACCAAAUGUCAUAUCCCCAUUAUCUUCUAAUUCUUGACUACUAGAGGUUCAGUAUCUGGAUGCAAAUGAUACUGGUGUGAAAGACGUAUAUAGAACUGAGAAUUCUGCAGGCGUGCGUGUACUUGGUUCAUAGCAUGUGUGUUCCCCAAGCCCUUGUCUUUUCUAUAGUACUGCCCUGAAACACGCCUAUGUCACCUCUCCCCUGCCUUCUGUUGUUGUGGCAACAGUGCCUAUCUGGAUGAACUUGGUGGCUGUUCAUGGAGAUUUCAGGUUACAACUGUGUCUCAUUUGAAACUAUGCUUUACUAUUUCUGUCAACUUGAUUUCUUUGGUUCCUUUUAGUUUUCUUUUUACCUUAUCAUGAACGUAUCUACUUGAGUCUCUUAAACAGUUGUUAUCAAGUCAGUAAGAUAACUAACAUAGGUGGUAAACUGGUGUCAUUCGCAAUAAAUGAUUAAAGUAUGAUUAUCAAUCAUGGAGGAGACUCAUCCUUCCAUGAAGUUUCCCUUAUUCUUUUAUUUCAGAACUCUCUUGCUCUGAUAAAUACGCUUUUGGCAGCCCCAAAUCAGGAAGUAGGAAUCAUAGCCCUUCUAGGCUCUGAGACUGAAAGGAAGGCUGAUAAGGGAGACAUACAACUGGUCAAUUGUCACAUUGUAUGAGGACAGGAAGUCCAUAUUUAAUAGGUGAGAUUGUUAAACUCAAUUGGUGCACACAUUUAGAGGAUGUGUUAGCUGACAAAGUGUAAUAGUGCUAUAUUGGAAAGAUUUGAAAUUAUAUGUUGCCACAGUAACUUCUAAAGCGUAUGUCUUAAAAAAGG